AUUUUCGAUCCCUGGAAAGUAGUUUUGUAGAUCUGUCUCCUCCAGACUCUGCUUUGCAAGCUGUACAAUGUCUAACCACAAAGGUACCGAGUUAAAUUUUUUGCUUGGAACCGAAUAUGAGAAAAAAAAACAGCAGCUUCACGAGGAGCUACAGAUGGAUUACAAACGUUACAUUAAUCAGAAAAGAGAUCCGAAAGCUGGAGUUUACCACAAAUCACAAUACCAAGAACUGUCUUUGCCCAUAUCUGAGAGGACGUCAGAAAAGGAAAAAUUAAGAGAAGAAAGAAAGAGAGAAUACAACCUCUUUCUUAAGGAGCAAGCUAAAACUAGAAGGCGGGGACAGUUAGAUGUGCCCUCUAAGGAUGAGGGACCCUAUGAUUUUGACAAAGUGCACAAAUAUACAAAACAUUCUUCAACUGAAAGCUAUAAGAUUGCAGAGCCCUCAACAUCCCGGAAAGAUGCUGCAACGCUUACAGACAUUAUUAGAAGAAAAAACAGCGGGAGGACGUGGGACUUAAGCCAUCGAAGAGCGUUCCUGUCAAGACAAGACAGCAGCUCUGAUGAGAAGUUUUACAAGGACAGUGAAGAAGAGAUUGAGUUUAGUCACAGGAAGAAACCAAAUGGACAGAUUCACAUGUCCAAGUACAUGAAGGAGGGUCGUAGGACAAAAAGGGUUCCCGUUAAUAUGAAAUACGAUGAAGUCUUUAUUGAUGAGAACAACAAUGACCAAAACUGGAAAUCAGUAACUCCACACAUAACAGACAAACAAGCAAUGGCAGAAAGACCCAUACCUAAUUCCACUGCUGCUGCUGCUGCUAGAGGUUUUGCAACAGGACUGUUGAUUGGGCAUUCAGAAGAACAAGAUAUCUUGCAGAAAAAGAAAGAACAAUAUAAGCAAGCAUUACUAAGUCAAAUUGCAGAACAACGUGAAAACAAAAGGAAAGAGAAAAUUUUUGAACUACAGGUUGCUGCCACUGGAGUUAAAGACCCACACAGAUUUGGUCCUGAACAUCGCACAUAUGAGAAGUGGAAGAAAGGGGUUUCCUCUAAAUCUGAAACUGGAGCCAUUGCAGCCAAAGAUAAUCCAGAACUAAAGCAUUUUCCUGACUCAAACGUUCGAAAGGAACAGAGAGAGCCCCCAGGAAGACCAAAUAUAGCCUUUUCUUCUCCAACUCGGGAUGAUCACUGCUCUACAAAGAGUGGUGCAGGCCAUAGGAGUUAUUCACCUGAUACAUCAGUUGAAGAAUACAAGAGCUUCUCACAGAUGAUUGGCGAUGUGACUGCUAAAAUGGUUUCUGCUGUUCUUCCACCAUUACCUCCCAGAGUAGACCAUACCUUCAGAACUCCACAUGAUGAAGCCUAUAACUACUAUGGAAGCAGACAUCCAUUAGAACCAGUUCCUUCCUACAAUCAAAAUAAUAUAACAAGUGAAGACAUAUAUAAACCCGAAGGGCCUCAGGAGUUUGAGGGAAGUACUCCUCCUCAGCAGAGGCAAACAAAGCAUCGACCCAGACAGCCUACUCAACCUGAUUUUGGACAGAAAAUAACAGUAACUCCUCUCAGAGAUCCAUCCAUAGAAAGUGAAAGACAGAGAAAAGAAAACUAUCAGGAAGCACUCAGACAGCAGAUCAAAGACAAAGCAGAGGACAGAAGAAGAGAAAAGAAGGAGCGGGAGUUGUAUGAGGCCAAAAAGGUGUCUGAGAUGAUGGCUUAUAACCCCUGGGGCAGAGCUGGAGGAGGAGCGCCUCUUAUAGACCAAACUGGAAACCUUAUUACUCAACUGAAUGAGAUGCACAAGCUCAACAAACAGAUCUAUAGGAACUGUAAUCUGAAUAAUAUCUUUAGGUUGAGUAGGGCAGGUUCUCCUCAAGACAAGCCUCUCCCUGGACUGGAACAAUUAGGUAACAAAGAACCAGAGCAUUUACAGCAGCAGGACCGUUACAAAGAGUCGCUUAAGCAGCAGAUAGAGGAAAACAGGCGAAAGCGGACUGAAGAGAAAGAACGACAAAAAAUUCUUGAAGAGAAGGAGGAGAAGAGGCUAGCGGAGGAGAGAGCUCGUAUUCCGAAAGGAGUAUGAAGAAGAGGAAGAGAAGAACAAGAGGAAGAUGCAGAAAAAGAGAGAACUAUGGGCUGACAACAAAGACUAUUCUCAGGGAAAGAGCGUCACAGAUAAACAUGACAACUGUAAACAUAGCCGGGAGAGUAAAACAGAGGAUAGACCACCAACAAGGGAAGGAACAGCCAGAA